ACGAGCACCAUGGGGCCGGGGGGGGCCGGGCCGGGGGGGGGCCAGGCCAUGGGCCUUUUCCUCGCGGCCUCCGGCCUCCUUCUCUGCCUCUUCUCUGGGAUCUACUGCGCCUACCGCCGGGGGGCCAAGGGGUCGCCCUUCGCGCACCAGCGCCUGCAGGACGGGUCCCUUGAGGACCUCGCUCUGAACCUGGACAGCCCCAAGGGUUCGUACGAUUGGUUCCUUUACGAGAUGGACGACAACAAGUUCCCGGCCCCCCUGCAGCCAGCUCAGGCCCCGCCCUGGCCCUGCCCCCCACCGCAGCCCCCCCUCCCUGCCCCACAGACACCCCCUGGGGACAAGACUCCAGGGCCUAUCGGCUCCGAACAGCCCAAGUCGAGCCCCCCAAGGCUGGAGUGUCUGUCCCCGGCUAACCUCCCCACUGGGAACUUCCUUUGAGACCCCCACAAUAGAACCCAGGCGUCCUGGCUCCCCCGCUCCCAGCUCUAACUACUAGUCUCCACUCCUCUCUGUCCUGCCAUGGUGGGAGCACACAUGCCCCUCCCCCACAGGCUGGGUUAUUUCUGACCCAAGGAGGGUCUGGAUCUGCCUCCCCAAGGGACUGGGGGGGGGGCUGCCCCCCCCCCCCGGCCGUCAGGACGUUCUGGGGUUCGGCUCUUCAGUUGCUCUUAGAUCUAAUGUGGCUUGUGAGUUUAAAUAAAUGGGGUUCCCACCCCCCAACCCGCCUGCCCGGCCUCCUUUGCUGGUCAGGAAAUGAGGGAGACCCUACAAAAACAAACCCGCUCUGCCGGUGCCCCUCACUCCCGACACGCAGCCCCUGCUAGCCCAGCCCUGGGCCCCCCGCACCAGCCCAACACUGAGAUUUGGCCGGCUGACGGCCUGGGGGCUCAUUAUCCCAUUUCACCCCGCCCCCGACCCUGCAGCAGCUGCUAACAUCUGCCCAGCACCUCAGCUCCAC